AUGGCACUCGAUAAUGCCAACUGCAGGCUACAUGUAGAAAGUGGAAAGGACCUGCACAUUCAAGCACUCUUCACCCCAUACUCAACUAAGCCAUCCAACGCCAUCGUCGCCAAAGCCUCAAUGGUCGCGUCAACCCGUCGUCCGUUGUUCUUCAACCCCGAGGCUAAGACCUCAGUGAUUCCCAUCUCGUCACCUGGAGAUGCUCCUUUGAAUUUUCAUCAGAGCCUUCCUGGUUACCAGCCCACCAAGUUGGUCUCGCUGGAUUCAGUCGCUGAAGAGGCUGGCGUUAAAUCGGUGCUGGUCAAAUUCGAAGGUCAGCGCCUGGGCCUACCGUCGUUCAAGAUUCUUGGUGCUUCUUGGGGCACCAUCAAUGCCGUCACCCAAAAGCUGGGAAUGUCCUCGCAGUCCGACCAUGAGACCGUGAAGUCGGCCCUGAAAGCCAUCCCCACAACCCUUUUCGCUGCAACGGACGGCAAUCAUGGCAUGGCAGUGGCUCAUAUGGGAACUCUUCUAGGGAUCCCGACCAAGAUUUUCGUACCUGUCGGUCUUCAUUCAUCCGCUAUAGAUGCGAUUGAAAAGGAAGGAGGCUUGGUCAUCCAGAUCAACGCCUCUUAUGACGAAACUGUCCAGAAGGCAUUCCGAGCCUCCGGGGAAAAGAAUGGAGUCUUCGUCCAAGACACCGCGUUCCCAGGAUACGAAGAAACAGCGAAUUGGGUGGUUGAAGGCUACAGCACAUUGCACCUCGAAAUUGAUGAGGCUCUGGCUGGAGUGAGCCCAAACCUGGUUGUCGCGCCGGUCGGUGUCGAUUCUUUCGCCCAUUCGGUUGUUAAUCAUUACAAGGCCGAGGGUAGAGAUACCAAGGUUCUUACCGUGGAGCCCGAUACCGCAGCUUGUCUCUACAAGAGUCUCGUUGCAGGAGAGGCGACACCCAUUGAAACAAUGCCAACUAUACUGGCUGGUCUCAACUGUGGCACAGUUUCGAGCAUUGCCUGGCCUAUCCUGAAAUCUGGUGUUGAUGCCACCGGAACGGUGAACGACUUCGAGACGCAUGUGGCUUGUAAGCUUCUCCAAUCUCUCGGAGUUUCCGCUGGACCUUGUGGUGCAGCGUCUCUGGCCGCUCUCCGCCGGCUCACCGAUUCGGACAAGGCCGAGCUGGGUCUGAAUUCAUCUUCCACCGUGGUCCUUCUUUGCACUGAGGGGCAUAAGGAAUACGAUGAUCCACGGGAUGUAUCCUUGGAAGACACUCUUUCGCUUACGCAGACCCUCGUGCAGAUCAACUCGGCUGUCCCUGGAACUGGCAAUAUCCGCGGAGCUGCCCACCCUGCAGUAUGCACCAUAACCAUUGAGAGGAGGACAGAUGGCGGGGAAACUGUGGACCAGGUGAAAGAAGAGAUGGACAGCGUGUUGCGGACUGCGGCACAGAAUUCUCCAGGUCUGAAGUACGAGACGAAAGUGACUUUUGCGCGCUCUGCCUUUGAAAUUCGCAGGGACCAUCCGCUUGUCACAUUACUGGCUGAAGAGUACAGGAAUGUGACUGGUAAGGAGAUCAAGAUGCGCAAGGAGGCAUUCUGGACUGAUUGUGCCUUGAUCGCCGACAAGGAAAUGCCAGUUGUCAUGUUUGGACCGUGGGGAGAGGGUCUGCAUGCGAAGACGGAAUGGGUAGAGAUUGAGUCAUUGAGGGUCGUAUCUGACACUCUCAUUAGAGUGAUGAAGUCUUUCGCUUCAUAA